CAACUUUUUUUUUCUCUUUCGAAAUUUUGUGGUCUUUUGCGGCGUUUUCGGUUGAGGAGAAGUUGUGGUGUCUCUUGUUCCUUAUUUACUAAAUUACAAUCACAAUGGGGGCGAAGAAAAAGAAAUCGAAGCCAACAGCUAACCCAGCUCGUGGUUUUGCUACGACUUCGAUUGCCUCGAAACCGAGAGCUGAAAUAGCCAACGAACCGGCGCAAACCGCUACAGAGGGAGGGAAGCUCGAUGCCCCUCCAAAAUCGUCAUCUCGCGAUCCUAAUGCCCCACCAUCGAAUCCUAACCUCGACAACACACCCAAUAAUUCAGAAAAGAAAGAAACAUUAAGUCCAGAAGAAUUCGAGAGACAGCUUGAAGAGUCUGAGUUACAGCUUCUAGUCGAGAAACAUGCACAGAAAGUUAAGAGGGAUGCUCAACGUCAAAAAACAAGACUUGAGACCGAUCGCCGAUUACUUCGUGGACAAGCAGAAUCCCUGAACAUAAGAAAAUGGUUACCACAGGAGCUCAUGGACCAUAUUUUAGAUUUAAUCCAAUCUGAGAAUCGAUUCGGUGCAACGUCCCUCAACUCAGAUGGCAUCUCUAGUAACGGCAAAUUACCCCCUGAGGAAGAUUUGGUGGUACGAUUAUGGACGCUACAACUUACUCUAACUGGCGCCGGCUUCUCUGAAGAUAGGGUCAAGGCUGUGCUACGAUAUACGUUGGACAUCGCUGCUAGCAUUAGUGGUGCAAACAAGGAUGCCAUAUGGGGAUUGGAAGAAGCUCUGGAUUGGCUUGCCCGUGAAUGCACCAAAGAUGAACUCCACGAGUACGAGUACAAAGGUAGGACAACAAAAUCACAAACAGAUACACCAUUGGACAGUCCUUUACCCUCGGGAGCGAACACACCUCUUCUAUUAGCAGUCAAUGCUUCACAGAAACCAAAGAAUACCUCUACAAACCCGAAAAAUACCUCCAAGAAAGUCGCUGUCGUCUGUCAUGAAGAUAUUGAACCAGAUGAUUUAAUCCCGGCUUACCUAGAAACAAAGGCCAAGCUGUUCCAAUUACAACGACCUAAACAGGAUAAUAAGAAAGGCAAAUCGGCAAAGAAUUCUGCGCAUGGAGCAAGGCAUAUUUCCCUAGAUGCAUCAGGAGAUGAUCUAGAGGAGGCCAAGCUGCUUGCGAAGAUUGACAAGAUUGAACAGGAUGUACUGUUCGAUAAAUUUGACGCGGAACAGAAAUGGCGAGCCGAUCGAAUAGAGCUAGAGAAGGAAUUUUCAGCCAAAAGGAAAGCUGAGGAAGAAGCAAAGGAGAAAAGCGAUGCAGCUCAGGGAGCGGGAUCGGACGACGAUGAAGUAACAAGGGAAGCAGAAAGGAUCGCUACAGAGAUAUUACAACAAGACGACGCCGAGGACGACCAGGCUCUCUCUGAUCUCUUUGCGAGCCUUCCCGUCCAAGAAACAGACGCAACCGGCAAGACAAAUACCGUGAUCAAUGGAGCAGAUGGUGUGAAAACUGUUAUUCGCGACUUUGGAAAAUUGUCCGGUAUCAAUCCAACCCGAACACUCGAAGAAACUUGCCGAUCGAGGGAUACAUCCGUCAAGAUCAUAUAUAAACUCGUAUCUGAGAAUCCAUUUUCCAACCGCCACUUAGUAUCCAUUCAAUGGUCCAAAGCACAGGAGCUUAUACCUGUCCCUAAUAUACCAGAUAUCGAAAGUGCAAUAUCACCACAGCAAUUUGUGUUCCAGAUGAGUUCAAUUGCAACCCCUGACUCAAAACAGUCUGAGGCGUACAUCGCUACUUUAGCAUUAUUCGUCAUAUUUGGGUCUACGAAGGAAGAAAAAGCAUCCUUGAGAUUGCCCCCAGCGUGGAGGGACUUUUGGACCGAGCUAGUAGAACAAAAGAAGAACCAGACAGAUGCUGCAGACCGAGCAGAAAUAAAGGAUUUACGCGAGAUGGUUCGACAGAAGCACGAUCAAGAACUUGAGGAUGGUAUAGUUCUUCAGGGCGCUUUCAAAGGUCGCGGUUCACAACGUAACGCCAACGAGACCGGUGAUGAUUCCGGAGCAGAGAGAAGCACCCAUACAUUAAAUCCGGAAUAUUACCAAAGCAUAUGGGCUCAUAAAUCUAGCACACCUAGAUUUCAAGCCAUGCUACAAUCCCGAAUGCAACUCCCAAUGUGGCAUUUUAGGGACCAAGUACUCAGUGCUGUUGAACGAGAGCAAGUCGUCAUAGUUUGCGGAGAGACAGGAUGCGGUAAGAGUACACAGGUACCGUCGUUCCUUUUAGAGCACCAAUUAUCCCAGGGCCGACCAUGCAAGAUAUACUGCACGGAACCUAGGAGGAUUUCUGCUAUCUCGUUAGCUCGCCGAGUUAGUGAAGAACUUGGUGAAGGACGAGGUGACCUUGGAACGCCGAGAUCCCUCGUAGGGUAUUCAAUCCGCCUCGAGGCUAACACGUCCAAAGAGACUCGACUUGUUUACGCCACUACAGGUAUUGUGAUGAGGAUGCUUGAGGGAUCAAAUGAGCUUCGUGAGAUUACUCAUCUUGUGCUCGACGAAGUCCACGAGCGCUCAAUUGAUUCUGAUUUCUUACUUAUCGUACUGAAGAAAUUACUCGUCCGUAGGAAAGACCUCAAGGUAAUACUCAUGUCUGCGACCGUCGAUGCAGAGAGAUUUUCCAAUUAUCUGGGACGCGCUCCUGUCCUCAACGUCCCCGGCCGUACAUUCCCAGUACAGGUUAAAUAUCUCGAGGAUGCCCUAGAGGUCACCGGCUAUACACCUAAUCAAUUGAACCAAGAGAAGAUGACAGAUCUAGACGACGAUCCACCAGAAGGCGAUAUCGUUGACAUCAACUCAAUACCAAAUGCCGCUAGGGAGUUAAAACACUAUUCGGCAAGAACCAGGAAUACAUUGUCACAACUUGAUGAAUAUCAAAUCGAGUACGAUCUAAUAGUACGAUUAAUCGGGCAUAUAGCUGUCGACCCGGCUUAUGUAAAUUACAGCAAGGCCAUCUUAGUGUUCCUCCCUGGUAUCGCGGAAAUUCGAAAUCUGAACGAUUUCCUACUUGGAGAACCAUUCUUUCAGAGAAACUGGGAGGUAUACCCUCUACACUCUACUAUUGCCACCGAAGACCAGGAGCGAGCUUUCCUUGUCCCACCAGAAGGGGUAAGGAAGAUUGUGUUAGCGACGAAUAUCGCGGAGACGGGUAUCACUAUUCCAGAUGUGACAUGCGUCAUUGAUACCGGGAAGCAUCGUGAAAUGAGGUUCGACGAGAGGAGGCAGUUAUCACGCCUUAUCGACACAUUUAUUUCAAGAGCAAACGCCAAACAGAGACGCGGUCGAGCAGGACGUGUUCAAGAGGGGCUUUGUUUCCACAUGUUUACCAAAUAUCGCCAUGACUAUUUAAUGAGCGACCAACAAACACCCGAGAUGUUGCGUCUAUCGCUACAAGAUCUAGCAAUUCGCGUUAAGAUUUGCAAGAUUGGCGGUAUCGAGGAGACAUUAGGAGAAGCGCUCGAUGCUCCUUCAGCGAAGAAUAUUCGCAGAGCUAUCGAUGCUCUCGUGGAUGUGCGAGCUCUUACGAAUACCGAAGAAUUGACACCGCUAGGCCACCAAUUGGCUAGGCUACCUCUAGAUGUGUUCCUCGGCAAACUUAUCCUUCAAGGCACGAUUUUUAAGUGUCUUGAUAUGGCCAUUACCGUAGCCGCUAUUUUAUCAUCCAAGUCACCAUUUACGGCGCCAUUUGGCCAAAGGGCGCAGGCAGACCAGGCACGAAAAGCAUUCAGAAGAGGAGAUUCCGAUCUACUCACCGUGUACAACGCUUACCAGGGCUGGAAGAAAGUGUGCCGAGAUUCAAACAACGACUUCCAAUACUGCAAAAAGAACUUUUUGUCGCCACAAACCCUUUCGAACAUCGAAGACCUUAAAGGUCAAUUGUUAGUAUCUCUUGCAGAUUCAGGGUUUCUGCAACUUACCGAUGAGGAACGACGUACACUGAACCGUCUCCGUUACUCUAGUCGAAGACGCCAAUUCUACGAACUUCCCCAACGCGUUAACACGAAUAGUGACAACGAUGUUAUCGCGGCAUCAAUGAUCGCUUGGAGCUUUUAUCCAAAACUAUUGGUGCGUGAGGGCAAAGGGUGGCGUAACGUGGGUAACAACCAGAGUAUUAGCCUUCACCCUACGAGUGUCAAUAAGGGACACAUGGAACUUAAGUGGCUGUCAUAUUAUCAUAUUAUGCAGUCAAAACAGUUCCUUAACGCCCACGAGACAACAGCCGUCGAAAACUUUGCCAUCGCCUUACUUUGUGGCGACGUACGCAUUGACAUGUACGCAGGCGUAAUAGUCCUGGACGGCAACCGCGCGCGUUUCAGCGCACCCGACUGGAAGUCGUUACUCGCAAUUAAAGCGUUACGAACACGUCUCCGCGACUUAAUGACACGAUCAUUCCGUAACCCAGGAAAACUACCCACGGCGCAGCAAGAGAGAUGGCUCGAUGCCUGGCAGCGCGUUUUCGCUCAAGACUUCAGCGGGAACAAGACGUAGGACGCUGUUGCCGUAGCGGCGUGCGGAUCCUAUCCUAGGACACUGGAUUUUGUUCGUAUUAGAGGGAAGUAAAAUACCUACCCAGGUAUUUAGUUGGUACACAAGAGAGGAGGUACCUCAGAAAAAUCUUGCUUGUAGGAGGGAAUCAGCUGCUAAGGAACUUGGCUUUUUUUUCUCGUUUGAUGGUUUGGAAGAGGGAGGUAUGCAUGUUGCAUAAAUAUUGUGUGUGGAUGGACACAGAUACCCAGGUGGCAACUAUCGUAGCAUAGGAUCGUACCAUAUCGCCUUGCAUCUUCGGACGGAUAGGCAAAGUCAAAGUCGGAUAAAUAAGAAGAUACAUGUUGAAGUAUAUUCGCAU